ACGAAACUUUCCUUUCCUUCAGGGUGGAUGGUGGAGGAGCAGGUGGUGGUGGCUGGCCUGGACUGCAACCGAUUGGACGUGGCCGAGCCCAGCCUGAUGGCCCUCAACGAACAGUUCCCCGGCUCACUCAGGGUCCGCAAGCUGAAGGCCAUGAGACUCGAGGCACAGGAGAAGUUUGAGGAGGCCACCGACGUGUACGACAGCAUCAUCCGCCAGGACGAGACAAACUCCACGGCCCGCAAGCGCAAGGUGGCAGUGCUGCGGGGCCAGGGACGCAUCAUCGACGCCAUCAAGGAGCUCACAGAGUACCUCAAGCUGUUCAUGUCAGACAGCGAGGCGUGGCAGGAGCUGUGUGACCUGUACCUGAAGGAGGGGGACUAUGCCAAGGCGGCCUUCUGCAUGGAGGAGCUCAUCUUGUCCAAUCCACACAACCACCUCUUCUACACGCGCUACGCUGAGAUCAAGUACACACAGGGCGGACUGGACAACAUGGAGAUCGCCCGCAGCUACUUCUCCCAGGCGGCCAAACUCAACCCUGGCAACGUGAGGGCGCUGUACGGCCUCUUCAUGAGCUGUACGCAGGUGUUGUCAUCAACCAAGCUCAGCGCACAGAAGAAGAAGGAGACCCAGCAGCUUGCCACCUGGGCCCUCAAGGAAGUGGCCGAGAGGUACUCCAAGUGCAGGACCAACACCAACAUGGACGGCACAAAGAUCCUGGAGACGCUCGGUGCCCUCAGCAUAACGGACAAGGCAUGAUAGGCGGACAAGGUAUGAUAGGCAGACACGGAUUGAUAGGCAGUUCCCUCGGCCACUCAUGACUGUGCGUUUGUGUGUGUGUGUGUGUGUGUGUGUGUCAGUGUUCCUCUCAUAUGCUCGUUGGUGGUUGGUAUCUAUUCGUCACCUCCACAAACAAACUGCCGAGGUCAUUUUUCUAGUUCAGGAAAUUGAAAAUAAUACUGUCAUUUUCCAGUCAAUGUGAUACAGGGAGAAAAGUUAAAGUGAAUAUUAUGACGCUCGCACCCAAGAAUAUUACGUUAGUGGGCUAAGGUGGUGAGCUUAGGCCAUGAACGCAAACUCCAGCUGUAUGGGCACAUGGCACACCUCCCGAACGUCAAUCCAGCUCACAGGGCUGCUUAUGUACGAGACAACCCUGAGUGAAGGAGACCAAGGGGACCACCGUUGUCAGAUUAUCGUUCUCAGAGCCUCGUAUUUACCGGUUUCUGCCUCAUAACUAUUGCCAAGAAACAGAAGUAAUUGACCAUUUUAACGUUAACUAUAUACCAAGCCAGUUAUUGGGGUGGAGGAGACAGUUUUGGGGUUGGAAAUCAGCAAGCAUAAAGGUGGAGUACAAGAAUCUGGCAACAUUGAAGGGGAAGCCCAGGUAACUCAUGACUGGGGCAAGCCAAUCAGUCCUGCCAGGAUGGACUUAGGAUGGACAGGGCAGCUGUGUGGGAGCUUGCUCAUGGGGGUUGUUGGGAGUGGAGGUAACACAUGAAUGAAGCAAUGCACCCCCAGGCCUAUGCUCCCCACUAGUAGUGACUACACCCUGGAAUGACAAAGAUAACUCUACCAUAAGGUUUGCCACAGGAUGAAAAAUUAAGUAAAAAUCUGAAACUCACCAAAAAAUGACUCGGUCAAUAUGAAUACGAGGGUGACAUUCCACCAACAUUCUGGCUCUGGAGUGAAAUAUAUUGCGUUGCCAAAAUUUAGAUAGCCCUAUUUUAUACUCGAUUCAGUGUUUGAUAUUUCCUCUGAAGUAGUGAGAGAGAGAGAGAGAGAUAGGUCUGGUCAAGAUAUAUAUAUAUAUAUAUAAUCUUGCCUCUGGUCAUACUCCUAAAAGCAUUCCUUUGUAUAGAAGAGCCACAGGUCACGUCCUAGAGUUAUUGUGUGACCCCCAUGACCAGAGUUGCCAAGAAAGACGUGUAAGGUUUUGUAAUGUGAGAGUAUGUGUGUUUUAAUUAUAAGAGCCCACAACAACCAGAACAACAUGCUAAAUGGUACUGAUAGCAUUAUAACAAGGGAUUUCAGAAAUUACAAAAAAUCUAUCAUAAAAGCUCCCCCCCCCCUCCCCCUUACCUAACAAACAGAACUGCACUUAGACACAGGACAAUUGCAAAGUGUUAGAUAGUGCCGAUAGCAUUAUAACAAGGGAUUAAUUAAUGGGGAUAUGUUCCUAGCCAUUCGGAAAUAACAAAAAAUCUAUCAUAAAAGCCCCUCCCCACCCCUCCCCCCCUAACAAA